AUGAAAUACGCCUGGCAGGUCGUGAUCGUGACGGGCGCCGCGUCUGGAAUCGCACUGGCGACGGUGGAAGUCCUCCUCAGCUACGGAGCCAAAGUCCUGGGCUGUGACAUUGGCCAGUCGCCAUCAUCUCUGUCCGGGAAGGGGGAGAAUUUCUCUUUCUUGCAGUGCGACUUGACAGAUAAAGGCUCGGCAAAGGCGAUCGUCGAGCAAUGUCAGCAGGUUUUCGGUGGCAGGAUCGACGCCCUGUGCAACGUUGCCGGGAUCAUGGACAACAACAGCAGCGUCGACAGCUUCGAGGACGAGAUGUGGGAGAGAAACAUCGCAAUCAACAUGACCGCCCCGGCGAGAUUGAUGCGCGAGGUCGUGCCGGUCAUGCUGGCCCAGGGUGGUGGAGGAAGUAUUGUCAACACCGCGAGUUUUGCGGCGCUCAGUGGAGCGGCGGCCGGGAUUUCUUACACCGCGUGCAAACAUGCUCUGGUUGGCAUGACCAAGAACGUCGCUUUCCGGUUCAAGGAUGACAAGAUUCGGUGCAAUGCAGUGUGUCCGGGAGGGGUGCGGACAAACAUCAUGAGUUCGGUCGAUCUUUCGAAGAUGGACCGUCAAGCCAUGGCCAAGAUGAAACCGUUACACGAUCUGGGGCUGGCCAACCCUGCCGAACCCGGUGAUAUCGCCGAUGUGAUAACAUUUUUGGUGUCGGAUAUGAGUAGGCAUAUCAGUGGUGCCAUCAUCCCCGUGGACAAGGGUUUGAGCACAAUAUGA